UCCCCCACUGCCCCUUCCCCCAAUUCUCCAUCCCCUUCCCUCUUGGUCUCGGAGGACCCCGUCCAAGCCCGACCUAUCUCGGCCCGCAACCCCCGCGAGACCGUCGGUGCCACUCCCUGCCCAUGUGGGCCCCUUCGGUCUGCCCACGCCUGUACCCCAGCUCCCGGUUCGGCUGGGCUUUCCCCUCGCCGGGGGUGGCUUUCUGAGCCGCCCGCUUGGUGCCCCUCUCUGCAGCCUCUCCUGCCACUCGGGGCCCCCGUUCCCCCUCCCCUGCCCCCGGGGGGCUGGCGGAGUUGGGCCGCGGGGGCCCCGGGGCCGGCGGUGCCGGGGUCAUCGGGAUGAUGCGGACGCAGUGUCUGCUGGGGUUACGCACGUUCGUGGCCUUCGCCGCCAAGCUUUGGAGCUUCUUCAUUUAUCUUUUGCGGAGGCAGAUCCGCACGGUAAUUCAGUACCAAACUGUUCGAUAUGAUAUCCUUCCUUUAUCUCCUGUGUCCCGGAAUCGACUAGGCCAGGUGAAGAGGAAGAUACUGGUGCUGGAUCUGGAUGAGACACUUAUUCACUCCCAUCAUGAUGGGGUCCUGAGGCCCACAGUCCGGCCUGGAACACCUCCUGACUUCAUUCUCAAGGUGGUAAUAGACAAACAUCCCGUCCGAUUUUUUGUACAUAAGAGACCCCAUGUGGAUUUCUUCUUAGAAGUGGUGAGCCAGUGGUACGAGCUGGUAGUGUUCACAGCAAGCAUGGAGAUUUAUGGCUCUGCUGUGGCAGAUAAACUGGACAACAGCAGAAGCAUUCUCAAGAGGAGAUACUACAGACAGCACUGCACUUUGGAAUUGGGCAGCUACAUCAAGGACCUCUCUGUGGUCCACAGUGACCUCUCCAGCAUUGUGAUCCUGGAUAACUCCCCAGGGGCUUAUAGGAGCCAUCCAGAUAAUGCCAUCCCUAUCAAAUCCUGGUUCAGUGACCCCAGUGACACUGCCCUUCUCAACCUGCUUCCCAUGCUGGAUGCCCUCAGGUUCACCGCUGAUGUUCGUUCUGUGCUGAGCCGAAACCUUCACCAACAUAGGCUCUGGUGACAGCUGCUCCCCCUCCACCUGAGUUGGGGUGGGGGGGAAAGGGAGGGUGAGCCCUUGGGAUGCAGUCUGAUGCCCUGUCCAAUGGUGAGGACUGCCUGGGCAGGGUCUGCCCCUCCCUCCCCUCUCUGCCCUGGGAGCCCUGCACUCCAUAUGGAGUCUGGAUGGACACAUGGGCCAGACUCUGAAGCAGCCUCACUCUAACUUCGUGUUUGAACUCCCUGGAAACCCCAGACUGGGACAUAAGCGGAGGCUUAAGAGAGCCGAAACAGUGUCUGUGGUGGAGAGACAGGACUGGCCAGUGAGAAAGACGUUCGGUAAUCUGGGAGGCUGAGAGAGAAGCCAAGCCAGCUUUGUUGUGAUUUGAUUUUUUAAAAACUCUUGUACAAAACUGAUCUAAUUCUUCACUCCAAGGGCUGGGCUGUGGGUGGGAUACUGGGAUUUGGGCCACUGGAUUUUCCCCAAACUUGUCCCCCCAUUUUCCUUUUUUUCCCAGAUUCCAUCAGACCUGUAACCAGCUUCCUCUUUUUUUUUUUCCCUCUCUUAAACCAUGCAUUAUAACUUUGAAACCAAA